CGACAACCUCCAGGAAAAAUCGAGUGUUAACUGCCGCCGAAGCGGGGUCCACCACAAUGCUGCCUCUGUACAAGAAAGGCAUGAACUACAUCACAGUGAAGAGACGACACCGCAACGUGACCAUCUUAGCCGCUAUGGCUUCCAUCAUCGUGUGCCUUCUUAUUGUGGGAAUGUAUUCAAUGUACUUGGUCCUCGACGAUAUUGUGGUGCCCACACCACCUCCGUUGCAACCUGUAUCCGCCGCGCCGUCGGGUGCUAUUGCCAUCACGACGCAGAUCGUACCAACGCCAGAAUUGCUAGUAGCAUCACCAUCGUCCCCAGUCAUUCCUGGGGUCGCCGUCACCAGUGCUGCACCCGUCCCUAAUCCGACGACGGGCCCAGACCUGUGGUUGUUGUCGUACGUGUUGCCUAUUGUAGCCGGUUUCUGUUUUGGAUUCGUGGGCUCCAUUCCCAUCGCUGGUCCUACGUCCGCCAUGGUGUUGAAGAUGGGAAUUCAAGGUCAAUACUGGGACGCGCAAACGGUGGCACUUGGGGGUGCUGUCGCCGAAGCGACGUAUGCUGGUGUGGCGUACUGGGGAUUUGGUAGCUUCCUUGUAGGCGUCGGGUGGCUCUUACCUGUGUCCAAGAUUCUUGGCGCAUGCAUGUUGCUCGUAGUUGGGGUCGUGUUCCUUCGACUCGAAGUUCAACCGCAGAUCGAAUCGGACACCAACUCGCCCUCCAAGCGUCCAUUUGGAGCUAGCACAGCGCGUGCAAUCUUCGUAAAGCACUUGCUGCUCGGGUUCACCAUGUCUGGCUUCAACCCGGCCUUGCUUGCCACGUACACCGGGGCACUGGCCAGUGUGUACCACACGGGGUAUUUGCAGUUUACGCUCGGUUUGGCCGUCUUAUUCAGCAUCGGCGUAGCAUGUGGUAUUUCCACUUGGUUUUACGUGCUCUUGACCUUGCUCAAGACAUACAAACAGCGGUUGAAAAAUCAAACCAUCGGAGCCAUCUUGCGGUGUAUGGGCGUGGUGCUCAUCACGCUCGGGUUGUACUGCACCAAGUCGGCGGUGGAUUAUUUCUUUCCCUAGCAAACUUAGUAUCCCAUGAUCUGAAAAAAUGUAUACUGUACCAUGAAAUAGAUAUAUAUAUAUACAGUAUAUAGAAACGUGUUUGACG